ACGUGCAUUAAAGGUCAUCGAUCUACUGCUUGCCAGCACUCUGACCGUGCACUUUUUGUUAUUAAAAGGAAAGGUCGACCUAUAACUCAGUGUUCACAUUGCCGCGAACUUCGUAAAACUCAAAAAAUUCAUGUGAAAUGUAAUUGUAACGAAAAG